GCCCCCGUCGCCACGACAACCGCGCGCCGCCGGGGCCGCGCCGGGCCGGGGCCGCUCAGAAAUCUGAAAAAAUGUCAGAAAGUGUCAGAUCCGUCAAGACCACUGUGAAAAGUUCAAAAAGAUCAUCAAAGAAACAAAAAGGUAAAGAGGAUGAAGUUGAUCUUUCUAUGGCCAGUAUAGGCCACCCAGAAAUCUUUCCUUUGCUUUUGUCUGCAAAGACCCAAGAAAUUUUUAAUUGCCGACCUGAUGAAGAUGUCACAGAAGAAAAUUGUUUCAAGUGUAUUAAAAAAGAGGACAUAAUUCAAGACCUGAAAACAAGAGCUAAAGCUUCUGAUUUCUACCUUCUCGAAAAAGUUAUCCUGGAAUAUCCAGGGGAAGAAAUCCUGGUAGUUUUUGAUCCAAACCUCCAGUAUGGACAGAACUUUUACAUGGUUGCUUCUGAAGAAGCCAAGGAAAACCUUCUAAAGUCUUUAGAAGCUGUGGAAGAAAAAGAAGAAACAGAAGAAGAAAAUAUAGAAGAAACUCUGGAAGUUCACAAACCUUGGGUUUCCCUUGGAAGCGAAAAGGAAGUUGAAGAAGAAUCUCUUAAAGAAAGGGAUACAAAGAUUAAGUACAAGAUCUCUCGAGCUCGCAGGAAGUUUGGUGCACCGAUUACAUUUACUGACAAGAAUGCUUCAGAUGACAAAGACAGCUAUGCUGAAUGCACAGCCUAUGAAGAUGACACUUUCAGUAUUAAACUGCUUGAAAGGGAUGUGGGGGUGCAAAUGGUUCCAAAAGUAAGAGAAGCUAGUACUCAGACAAAAUGGAUCUAUCCAAAAAAUGCAUCCACGCAGUAUUGUACUAGGCAGUUGUCAAGUGAAGCAAAAGCAGAGAGUCUGUCAUCUGAGAAGCUGAAAGAAUUUCUUACAGCAGUACAUAUAAGAAUGGAAAUCGCAUUGCAGCAAAAUGAAAUUAUGAAUGUUUUUUUCGAUGACUGGAAGGCCCUAGCAGAGGACCAAGAAGAAGGCAAGCCAGAUGUUUAUCUUAAAGCAUACCAAUCAUUUACAGAUGUGCAGUAUCUCAAGAACAGAACCAUUAGCUGCGUUCGCUGGCAUCCAACCAUUUAUGGGAUUAUAGCACUGUCAGCAGGAGAGCAGCCUUCAGAUGAAGAGCAAGUUAACCUCAUUAAUAAAUCAUUGCUACACCAGUCAGUUAUACUUCUCUGGAGUUUUUUUGACCCUACCUGCCUCCAGUUGGUGUUGAAGGCUCCUGAAGACAUUUGCUGCUUUCAGUUCAAUCCAAGUGAUCCAAAUAUCAUUGCUGGUGGCUGUGUUGACGGACAGGUUGUACUGUGGGAUAUUUCUAAACAUGAAACAAACCUGCAAAAUACAGUACCUGUUGCUGAAGAAACCACUGACUCAGCAGAGGAUGAGCCAAGAGCAGCAGUGAGGGUGGCUGAGCUAUCACGUGUGCAAGUCCAGCAGAGUAGCGUAGAGCCACCUCUAGUGAGACACUGUGCAGCCUCUUCCAUGCCAUAUACUCAUACAAAGCCAGCAACAGAUGUACAUUGGCUACCAUGUAACUCUGAGGACAACCAAAAGGGUGGUACUUCUGAACACAGAGGUGAAAAUAACCUGCAGCUUGUAACCUGCUCCCCUGAUUGCUCAAUAUUAUUUUGGGAUAUUCCAUCCAUCGAACAUCGUGAAAGUUUUUUAUCUCAGAAAAUAAAGGAGGAGAGAAGAUCUCACAUGCCCCCUGAUGCUUCAGAUUCUGAUGAGGAUUUAGAUCUCUCCUGGAAACCUCUCAUAAAGAUAGAUCUGCGUGAAAGGGAUAACAACACAGAGUAUGGUCCCACUAGAAUUAAUUUAAAGGAACUGCAGUAUCGUUACAAACACUCAGGGAAGGCAAAAUCUCUAAGUGCACUAAGAACACCCAUCAAAGAGAGCCCAUAUACAGAGAUGAGUACAUCUUCAAGCAAAAAUCUGGAAGUGCUAGAGAAUAUAUCCACAGACUUUUUUGUUGGAAAUGAAGAUGGAGAAAUUGUGUAUUCUAACUGGAAAAUGAAAAUUGAUACUAAUUCAGCAAAACUAGCUAGUCAGAAGCACUCCCAGAAAUAUACUCUCCACACUGAAACUAUCAACACUCUCCAGCAAUCUCCAUUUUUUAAAGACAUCUUUCUAAGCAUUGGAGGCCAAAAAUUUGCCAUUUGGAAAGAAGGAGUUACAAAUGGACCAAUCCUUCAGUCAAGAUGCUCUGCAGGAAGAUACACUGCAGGACAAUGGUCCUUAACAAGACCAGGAGUUUUCUUCAUUGGCAGAGACAAUGGAAAUAUAGAUAUUUGGGACUUAGUGAAGAAAACUCAUGAGCCAUCUCAUUUCCAAAACAUCUCCAAAUCAAUCAUCACUUUCAUCAGCCCCUCCAGUGCCUCAGCAGAGCAGCAUUUUCUGGCUGUUUCUGACAAUCUUGGAGUUCUGCAUAUUUUGGAAAUCUGUCAAACACUAUGUCAGCCUUUGAGUAAUGAGCAUGCCAAUAUACUUGAUUACUUCAAAAGAGAAGUCAAAUAUCUGAAGUACUGUGAACAGGAGUUUAAAGAGUAUCAAAAGUUUCAAGCCAAAACAGAAUUGAAAUCGAACUGGAGACAGAGAGAGAAAAAACACAUAUGACUACAGAAAACAAAAGAAGAGAUGGAAGAUCAAGAAAAUGCACAUUAUACUGUAUUUCUGGAGCUGGAGAAGCAGGUAGUAAUGGAUUUAGAGACAAGAAAUACUUUCCUCAUUAGAUGAUUAGAGCCUAUUAUCACCUUUAGAACCAGCAAGCUUCUUAUUGAAAGACCUCUAUUUCAGCAGAACAUGUUUAUCUUUGGAAAUAAAGAAUCUUGCAGCAAGAG